UCAAAUCUUCUGUUCGGCCCUUCCUUGCUGCAUGCAUUCAAGUACGGACAUGGCGAGGUCCUGGUCGCUCCUUCUGCCGCUUGCUCUAGCAUUGGUUGCUUCGGCUGCCCACGCUGCCAUUGUGGAGCACACCUUCAAUGUCGGGAACCUCUCCAUUAGCCAGCUCUGCCAGCCGGACAGGAUCAUCACGGCGGUGAAUGGCCAGCUACCGGGCCCGACGAUUCGGGCCAGCGAGGGUGACACGGUGGUUGUACACCUCGUCAAUGAAUCGCCAUACGGCAUGACCAUCCACUGGCAUGGCAUAUUCCAGCGUGGCAGUCAGUGGGCAGACGGGCCGGCGAUGGUCACGCAGUGCCCCGUCCAGCCAGGCAGCAACUACACCUACCGCUUCAACGUCACCGGGCAGGAGGGCACGCUCUGGUGGCAUGCCCACUUCUCCUUCCUCCGCGCCACCGUCUAUGGUGCCCUCAUCAUCCUGCCCCGCGGCGGCGCCGAGGCCUACCCCUUCACCAAGCCCGACAAGGAGGAGAUCAUCAUGUUCGGGGAGUGGUGGAACGCCAAUGUAUUCGACUUGCAGCAGAUGGCGCUACUCACCGGAAUUCCUGCCGGGCCAGCCGACGCCUACACCAUCAACGGCAAGCCGGGAGACUUCUACAACUGCUCCGCCCCAAAUCAGACGCACAUGUUCGAGGUGAAGAAGAACGAGACGUACCUGCUCCGGAUCAUCAACGCUGCGCUCAACACGCCUCUGUUCUUCAAGGUGGCGAACCACACCUUCACCGUGGU